AUGAAGUGGUUACUUGCCAGCGGACUGGUCUCGCUUCUUGCGACGACCGUUACCGCUUGGCCCUACGACGAAGCCUACCUCGAUUAUAACCUGAACCAAAAUAAGACGGCCACCGACCCGGCUGAUUACUGGGGGACAUGGCCUGGCCACGAGGGGAAAUAUAACCCCUCUCCGGAGAACUGGCGAUUCCCCUUCUAUUCUUUCUUCUUGGAUCGUUUCGUGAACGGUGAUCCUUCCAAUGACAAUAUCAACGGUACCAGCUUCGAGCACGAUGUGGAUCAACGCAUUCGCCAUGGUGGCGAUGUUGCUGGCCUGGUUGAUUCACUGGAUUACCUCCAAGGAAUGGGAAUCAAGGGUAUCUAUAUUGCAGGAACCUCGUUGCUCAAUCAGCCGUGGACUUCGGACGGAUAUGGAGUUUUGGAUACAACGCUUCUCGACGCGCAUUUUGGCACUAUUCAGACCUGGCGAGACGCCAUUACUGAAAUACACAAGCGCGGCAUGUAUGUCUUGUUCGACAAUACCAUUGCGACAAUGGCUGAUUUGAUCGGAUUCGAGGGUCAUCUCAACGUCUCCACUCCAUUUUCGGAGAAGGAGUAUAAAACACAAUGGAAGAGUGACCGCCGCUACAAAGACUUCGACAUUGGAGUUGGUAACUACAAUGCCAGCUGUGACUACCCUCGAUUCUGGCUCGAAAGUGGAUCCCCCGUCAGUGAAGAUGAGAUCUCGGGCCUGGUUGGAUGUUAUGACAGCGACUUCGACCAGUACGGUGACAUUGAGGCUUUCGGUGUGUGGCCUGAUUGGAAGCGACAGCUGGCCAAGUUCGCCUCCGUCCAGGAUCGUCUCCGCGAAUGGAAUCCGACUGUGCGCGAACGGUUGAUCCGGCACUCCUGCCUGGUGAUCCAGGUUUUGGAUAUUGAUGGUUUCCGUUAUGAUAAGGGCACUCAAGCUACUGUCGAUGCGCUUGGAGAUAUGUCCGCUGCUUACCGAGAGUGCGCGCGCGCCGUCGGAAAGGAGAACUUCUUUAUCACUGGCGAAAUCACGGGUGGAAAUGACUUCGGUUCUAUUUACCUCGGAAGAGGUCGACAGAGGAACCAGUGGCCUGCAACCUCGGGAGAUACAAUGAAAUUGACAAAUGAGUCCGCUGCCCAGUUCUUCUUGCGCGAAGCAGGGCAUGAAGCCAUCGACAGCGCUGCCUUCCAUUACUCGACAUAUCGUUCCUUGACUCGAUUCCUCGGUAUGGACGGGCAACUUUCGGCUGGUUACGAUGCGCCUGAUGAUUGGGUUGAGGGUUGGGAUUGGAUGUUAAGAUCAAAUGAUCUCGUCAAUGCUAACACCGGCAAGUUUGACCCUCGACACAUGUUCGGUGCGACCAAUCAAGAUGUCUUCCGUUGGCCAUCGAUUGCCAACGGUACCCAUCGACAAUUGCUCGGUUCUUUUGUGACUACCUUGAUGCUCCCCGGAAUCCCACUUCUUCUUUGGGGUGAAGAGCAGAAUUUCUAUAUCUUGGAUGCCACCGCCGAGAAUUACAUUUAUGGGCGACAGCCGAUGUCACCUACAUCUGCAUGGAUGACCCAUGGCUGCUUCCACUUGAAGUCAUCCCAAUACUACAAGUGGCCUGUUCAUGCGGCUAUGAAGGGCUGCGAGGACCCGACAGUUGCUUACGACCACCGUGACCCUUCCCACCCUGUACGAAAUAUCAUGAAGCAUAUGUACCACUUGCGUCAACAGUAUCCAGUUCUCAACGACGGUUAUGCCCUUGGCAAUUUGUCGAAGCAAACCACACCGGUUCGGUACCCUGGUUCUAAUACCACGGACACAGAGACCGGAAUGUGGUCCACUCUUAGGGAUGUCAACACCGCAGUGCAAGAUUUGGGCUCCGAUCUCGACAACCAACCGGUCUGGCUUGUUUACCAAAAUCUCAAUGACACAGGGAAAUACACCUUCGAUUGCAAGAGUGACAAUACCUCUAAGACACUCACCGCUCCAUUUAGUGGCGGCACCACAGUCAAGAACCUUUUCUACCCGUACGACGAGAUCAAACUAAUCGAUGGAGUACGCACACUCGGCUACAAUGGAUCAAAGGAGGUGAAUGGCUGCGUGGAACGCAUGGAAAUGGGUGCAUAUGAGUUCCGUGCAUACGUUCCCAUCGAUGCAUACAAACCACCUCGGCCCACGAUCACCAAAUUCACCCCGGGCCAUGACUUCCCACUGCGCUCUACCGUGGAGGCCAACCAAACUGAGAGUGUGGCGAUUGAGUUUUACUUCUCGGAAAUUAUGGACUGUGACUCGGUGACCGACUCACUUACCUUGCAUUCAUCCACAGAGAUUGGGAAGAUUCCAGCUCUAAAUGUCAGCACUGUCCAUUGCGGAGAGAUUACUCCUAUGCUUCAAACAAAUUGGACUGCUGAGAUCCCAAGUGUCUGGAAGUGGGCAGGGAACCUAACUGGAGUGUACAAUGGAGUUCAUAAAUUGACUCUCAGUAACAUCACAAACAAGGCCAAGACUGAUUCUACCCACGCCGUUGAUCACUUCCUCUUCCGUAUCGGCCAAUUCGAUAACCCUAUGGUAUUCCCCAGGGCCAACUACUCGAGCAGUUUACUCCACAGGAGAGAGGACAACAGCCUUUUUAUCCAACAUCACGCCGCUGGUGCAGAUAAAUACCGUUAUACUACCAAUUGGGGAACGACAUACUCCAACUGGAUAGAUUACAAAGGUGGAAACGACACCAUUGAGAGGCUUAAAUGGUCUGGAACCAAGGACCAAGAGUGGGAGGGUGAGCAUGUGCGUGUUGAGUACUGGAGUCGUUUGACUGGAAGCAGUGACUACGUACAGCAAGGUGACGUUGACUGGGUUCCCUCAGUCCCAAGACGCUUCCCCCAUGUUCACUUCAACGGACCUUACAACCAAUAUGGAUAUGACGGGGGCCUCAACAACAAAAUCGAACUUGAUCCCAAAACCGGAGUCUGGUCCUUCCAUUUCACGUCUGAAUGGCCCGCAGUCGGGCAGCUCAACAUCUGGGGAAUGAAUCCUGACGGAAAGCCCGAUCAGUCCUGGGUUUUGGGUGAUAUGGAUAAUGACACAAUUCUGGACAGAAGUCCCCCGUCUUCUCUGAGCGCAACCUUGAUCAAUAUCACCGCUGCACCAGCUAAAGGCUAUCUCUCUCACAAGCUCUACAUCGAUGAUGGAACCCUCCGUUUCUGGCUUGAUCCCGUUGGACCUCAGUCCACACAGAUUAUCAUGUUCGUGUUAUUCUGGAUCAUACCCUUCCUCACUGCUGUGGCAUGUGUGUACAUCUUCAUGAAGUCUUUCUACAAGGUCAAAUUCAACCAGGUUGGUGUUAGUGAGAAGGAAAGCUUUAUUCCACUCGCUCUUUGGAACAAGAUGAAGGCUCGUACUCGCAGGGAUCCGUCCUCGAACCCACUGAUGCGCUUGGCCAACAAAUCCGGCUUUAUGCAGAGCACCACCGCUCUGGGAGGAGCUCUUGCGGCCGGCCAGCGGCGUAUGGUUCUAAUCGCUACUAUGGAGUACGACAUUGAGGACUGGGCCAUCAAAAUUAAGAUCGGUGGUCUCGGUGUCAUGGCUCAACUUAUGGGUAAGACCCUUGGUCACCAAGAUCUUAUCUGGGUCGUUCCUUGUGUUGGAGGUGUCGAUUACCCUGUGGACCAGGAGGCAGAGCCUAUGGAAGUUACCAUUCUCGGCAGCCCCUACCAGGUUCAAGUGCAGUAUCACGUCUUGAAUAAUAUCACCUACGUCCUGCUCGAUGCUCCUGUGUUCCGUCAACAAUCGAAGACCGAACCUUACCCUGCUCGCAUGGAUGAUCUCGACAGUGCGGUGUACUAUUCAGCAUGGAACCAGUGUAUUGCGGAAGCCAUCAAGCGAUUCCCAAUUGACGCCUACCACAUUAACGAUUACCACGGUUCUCUUGCACCCCUUUACUUGCUACCAAGAACUAUACCCGCCUGUCUUUCGUUGCACAACGCUGAAUUCCAGGGCCUCUGGCCUAUGCGAACUCUCAAGGAAAAAGAAGAGGUUUGCUCGGUCUUUAACCUUGACGAGGAGGUCGCUCGUCGUUACGUGCAAUUCGGUGAAGUAUUCAACUUGCUCCACGCCGGCGCCAGUUAUCUCCGUGUUCACCAAAAUGGAUUCGGUGCUGUCGGUGUGUCCAAGAAGUACGGAAAACGAUCCUAUGCCCGCUACCCUAUCUUUUGGGGUCUCCACAAGGUCGGAAACUUGCCUAACCCUGAUCCAUCUGACGUUGGUGAAUGGACCAAGGGGCCAACGAAAGAGCUAGAUAUCACUGUGGAUCCAAACUACGAGGCUGGCCGUGGUGAGCUUAAGAGACAGGCCCAGGAAUGGGCUGGACUCGACCAGAACCCUGAUGCUGAUCUGCUUGUCUUUGUCGGUCGUUGGUCUAUGCAAAAGGGUGUUGAUCUCAUUGCGGACGCAAUGCCUGCUGUUAUCGAAUCUCGCCCCAACGUGCAAUUGAUUUGUAUUGGUCCCGUUAUCGAUCUCUACGGUAAAUUCGCUGCCCUCAAGCUUGACCAUAUGAUGAAAAUCUACCCCGGACGGGUCUUCUCGAAGCCCGAAUUCACUGCACUUCCGCCAUUCAUCUUCUCUGGUGCCGAGUUCGCCCUGAUCCCAUCUCGUGACGAGCCCUUCGGCCUGGUUGCCGUCGAGUUCGGCCGAAAGGGUGCAUUGGGUAUCGGAGCGCGUGUUGGUGGUCUUGGUCAAAUGCCAGGCUGGUGGUACAACGUGGAAUCAAUCUCGACAUCUCAUCUUCUUAUGCAAUUCAAGCUUGCAAUUGAGGCUGCGCUCAACUCCAAGACCUCCACCCGUGCCAUGAUGCGUGCCAGAUCUGCUAAACAGCGUUUCCCUGUUGCUCAAUGGGUUGAGGAUCUUGAGAUCCUGCAAUCCACUGCCAUCGCGAUUCACGAGAAAGUGGCCAAGACACAGGGUAAUUCCAACAACAAUACUCGACCUGGCACCUCUUCUGGAAUGAGCACUAUGAGUGGAACUAUGGGAGGACUGCCCUCACCUGGGAUGAACUCUCCAUUCACGCAUUCUAGGGAGAGCAGCUACUCCUUCAAUCAAAUGAACAACCUCGUUCCACAGAAGAAGGUCAGCUACAGCGCAGAUCCAAGCCCGGAUGAAACGGAGAAACCCAAGUCGGGACUGAGUCGUUCGCUCUCCCUGGGUGUCCGCUCCGGUCCUGGUCAUGCUGGACGCCGUCAGAGAAGAGCUGCAGAGAGUGGCAUCCCCGAAAGUGAUGAAAAUGGAGCCACUGAUGUCGAAAGUAGCGACGAUGACGCUGCCAGCAACAUGUAUGAUGAUGACGAAUACACUCUCACUCCAGCCCAAGUCGAGGCAGGACGACGAGCCCAGGCUGCUCAAAAGGAUCGUUCUCAUAAUUUGCCUUCUCCAAGCAGAGAAGUCAGCCAAGAGUCUUUGCAUCCCAGGUUCAUGGCUCCUUUGGAAAGCCCGAGAAGUCCAGGAACACCCCCAAGCGCCGACAGCCUCCUUCUUCCCCCCCAGCCACUGGGCCAGUCCAACCGAUUCAGCAGCGCGUCCGUUCUCUCUCUGGACUCUGUUGUCGGCAACAAGACGGACUUCAAGCUACAGAAGGUUGAUCCUUUCUUCACGGAUAGCACUGGCGAGUACUACAAGACAUUCGACAAGAAAUUGUCUACCUUGAACGGAUCCAACUCCGAGUCGCAACUUUGUAUCGAAGAGUUCCUGGUCAAGAGUGAGCAGCAGUGGUUUGACAGGUUCCGCAAUGCCCGACUGGGUCGUAGCAAGUCUCCCACACCAUCGAUUCGCCAUUCCUCAAGAAACACCGAUACCCCAGACAAUAUGUUCUACAAUGAUGAAGUUCUCUCCAACGUCAACAGCAACGAAGAUAGUCCACUUCAGGAUGAUGAGUUCCUUCUCGGAAAGGACUAUGUCCCUCCCACUGGAAUGAAGAAAUGGAUGCAGAUCAAAAUUGGAGACUGGCCAGUCUACUCUAUGUUCCUCGCUCUGGGCCAGAUCAUCGCUGCAAAUUCCUACCAGAUCACACUACUCACAGGUGAAGUUGGUCAGACUGCGGAGAAACUGUAUGGAAUUGCCGCAACAUAUGCCAUUACAUCUAUCUGCUGGUGGCUCGUGUACCGGUACUUCAAGUCUGUCGUUUGCCUUUCGGUUCCGUGGUUCUUGUACGCUCUCGCGUUCAUUUUGAUUGGAUCUGCUCACUUCCAGGAAGAUACCUUCAGUCGCGGAUGGAUCCAGAAUGUCGGUAGUGGUUUCUACGCCGCUGCCUCCUCCAGUGGAUCCAUCUUCUUCGCUUCCAACUUCGGUGACGAGGGAGGUGCUCCAGUUGAGACCUGGAUUUUCCGCGCCUGUGUUAUUCAAGGUAUUCAACAGGUAUACGUGAUUGCGCUCUGGUACUGGGGUUCCACCAUGACCAAGGCCUCUGCACUGGGUCUCUUGGACCCUGCGACCAACAUCUCCAAUACCUGGAAAAUGAGUGCUAUCUGCUACCCCAUUGCCGUCUUUCUGUGUUUCGUGGGUGUUCUACUAGCUAUGGGACUUCCCAACUACUACCGCCAGAAGCCAGGCAAGGUGCCAUCCUUCUACAAGUCCCUCUUCCGGAGAAAGAUCGUCUCUUGGAACUUCGUCGCCGUCAUCCUACAGAACUUUUUCCUCAGCGCACCCUACGGCCGAAACUGGAGCUUCCUAUGGGGCUCAUACCACACCAAGCCAUGGCAAAUCGUCCUCCUCUGCAUCCUCUUCUUCGGCAUCGUCUGGUGUGUCUUCCUCUUCGUCGUCAGCAAAUUCUCCAAGAAACACAGUUGGUUCAUUCCCGUCUUUGCCUGCGGCCUGGGCGCACCCCGUUUCAUCCAAAUCUGGUGGGGUGUCUCCGGCAUCGGAUACUAUCUCCCUUGGGUGGGUGGAUACACCUCCGGCGCGCUGGUUUCCCGCAGUCUGUGGCUGUGGCUUGGCGUGCUGGAUUCCAUCCAAGGUCUCGGAUUCGGUAUCAUCCUUCUGCAGACUUUGACUCGAGUCCACAUGUGUUUCGCUCUUAUUGCAUCUCAGGUGCUUGGUUCCAUUGCGACCAUCUGCGCCCGAGCUUUCGGCCCUAACAAUCUCGGGCCUGGCCCGAUUUCUCCUGAUAUGACGCUCGGCGCCCAUUCUUUGGCUAAUGCCUGGUUCUGGGUUGCUUUGUUCUGUCAGUUGUUGGUUUGUGCUGGGUUCUUGCUGUUCUUCCGUAAGGAACAACUCGCCAAACCAUAA